AUGGACACGUACCUCAGCAAAUUGCGCGACCUCGCGUCGUCCACGCUGCAGCACAGCACCACAACGCCGCAAAGCCAAGCGGGGCUCUGGACGCUCCAAGCAGCCACGCGCAAGCAGACCAACCAGCCGGCGACGCUCUGGAUAUUCUCCAAGGACUUUUUCACACAACCAAUCAACCGCCACACGCUCAGCGCCCAAGCACACACAGGUAUCCUAGCCAGGCUGCGGCAGGAAGUAUCGCAGCUCGCGCGGCUGCGACACCCAGGCAUUGUUCAGGUGAUGGAGCCGCUAGAGGAGACGCGGUCGCACCUGAUGUUUGUCACCGAGCGCGUAUCCACACUGCACGCGCUUUUGCUGCAGGACAACCUGGAUGACGUUGAGCUGCCGCGCGGCCUGCUGCAGGUGUGCCGCGCGCUGGGCUUUCUGCAUGAGGCCGGCCUGGUGCACGGCAACCUGACGCCCGAAUGCGUCCUGCAGCAGCAGCAGCACCAGAACCAGCACCAGAGCCAGGACCAGAGCCAGGACCAGCGGCUCGUCUGGCACCAGCACUGGCCGGAGCACACCCAGCGGGAAUUGGAGUUCACCGCCCCCGAAUACAUCCUGGCCCCUGACACCCACCCAAUAACGCCCUCCGCAGACCUCUUCUCGCUCGGCUGCCUCAUCUACGCACUGCACGCGCAGGGCCGGCUGCCCGCCCUCCUUCCGCCCGCCCUCCAGCCAGCCACCCAGUCGCUGCUGUCGCCCACCCCGGCCACCCGCAUCUGCCUCGAGGAAUUCCGGCACACCGCGUACUUCACCUCAACGGCUGUCGCCACGCUGCAGUACUUGGACGCCUUGGCGACGCAGCCAAAUCCUGCCGCUGUUGCUCGCCCAUCUGAACGACCACCCGCUGCUGCCAUACACGCUGCCUGCGGUGUUGCCACGGCCCAGGGCCUUGUUUUCCCAGAAAACCAGAAGCCGCAGGAUGCUGACUCGGAAGAAAUGGCCGCCGCCCUGGACAAAGCCCUGGAGCCACUGUAUGUGCUGCCAGGGAUUCCGCCCGAAGCCCAAGCAGUGCUGGUGGAGAAUCUACCGCUGAUCAUCCAGCUCACCCAAACCUCCUCCAAGCAGCACAAAAACCAGAAGCAGCAAGGUGGUUCUGAAAUGCACCCACUUUUGCGCGCCUCACUCGCCAACCAAGCCGACCCCGUACGCACCGCGCUUCUCCGCACCAUCCCCCAACUCGCCCCCUCUUUGCCGCCCGCCCACCUACUCGCCCUUCUCCCUCCACUGCAGCUGACGUAUACUCGCGCUACCAUGCUUGCGCAAAAAACCCAGGCCCUACAAUGCAUCCACCUGCUCCUCCCGCAUCUCCCCCGCGCCCUGAUCAAGGAAAGGGUGCUCCCAAUGCUGCUCAAGACCAAGACCAGGGAGCCAGAUGUAGUCAUGGCCCUGGUUGAAAUGUACCGCACAUUGGGAUUAAACACGGAGUAUUUGGACACGAGGGCGGUGGCUAGAUCGGUGUUGGGUGAGGUGUGGGCGUUGGCUGUGGAGACGGAAAUGGAUGAAGGCCAGGUAAAGGUGCUGUGUGAGGUGGCCGGAUUGUUGGAGGAGAGAAUCCGAAAGGAGGUUCGGGCGGGUAGUGCUGGAAGGAGUGGAGUGAAAGGGGGUGGUGGAUUGGCGAACCCGUUGCAGAGAAUGUCGGUUGAUUGGGACCAUAAUGAGGAGGAGGACGAUGAAAUUAAAUGGCCGAUGGGGUUUGCUGCAACAUCUGCUGUUGGCUCACCGCAAUCAUCGGCACAACCGUUGCCGCAGCCUUUGAAGUUGCAGCCUUUGCAGUCGCAGCCUUUGAAGCCGAUGGUCUUGCAGUCAACACGCCACACAAUGGUGUCUGUGCACAAACCCAGCGGGAAACUCGGUGCGAUGAAAAUAUCACCUCAAACGGCAUCAUCAACAACGACAAAUUUACUCAAACUCCCGCCACCACCACCACCUUCAUCAUUGUCCUCCAAUAAUAAGCCUCUGGUGAACUCGGUCAGUCCUGCACCAUCUACUUUGAUGGCUCCACUAUCAGCACUGUCGUUUGGCCAGACAUACCAGAGCCAGAACCAGAGCCAGAACCAAAAGCAACUGCUUCAGCAGCAACAGAAACAUGCUGGCGGCAAAUCAUCCGAUCUCGGUGAUUUGAUCCCUUCGCUUAAGUAA